UCAUUCACACACAACAACGUUAUUCAUAAACUCCAUUUCGUUUCAAUUUCAAACUCAAUUUUGAUCUCUAACACUCUGAGCCCAUCUGAAUACCGAAAAGUCUGAUUUUUUUGUUUUCUUAGUUCUUGAGGUGAAUCAAGUGUUUCGGCCAUGGAGGUCUCGGCGACAAUUGGGAGCUUUCAAGCAGCCAAGCUUGGAAGGUUUGAUUUGGCUAAUGGAGACGUUGGCUUCUGUAAACUUAGAGAUAAUCGCAGGUUUUCGACUUGUUUUAGUGCGAAUACGAGGUUGAAGAAGGCUGGGAUGCGCCUCGCUUUGAAAGCUCUUCAAUCUGGAGUCGUUCGAGAGGAGAGGCAAUCUGCAUCUGGAAAGAGAUCGACAUCGGUGAGUUUAAUAUUUUAUUAUAUUGUUUGUGGGGCGCCACUAGAUGCAGUUUCUUCAGACUGCAAAACGAUAAACAAUGCUAAAGCAAUUGCAGCUGGCAUGAAAGCAUUGAAGCUACUAGAGGUUGAGGGUGUUGAGCUUCCUGUUUGGUGGGGAAUUGUUGAGAAAGAUGCCAUGGGAAAAUAUGAUUGGUCUGGCUAUCUUGCUGUGGCUGAUAUGGUUGACAAAAUGGGUCUCAAGCUCCAUGUAUCUCUUUGCUUUCACGGCUCUAAAAGGCCAUAUAUUCCACUACCCAAGUGGGUGUCCCAGAUUGGUAAAUCCAAGCCCAGUAUUUUCUUCACAGAUCGGUCUGGAGAAUACUAUAAAGAAUGCCUCUCAUUAGGGGUUGAUGAUCUUCCUGUUCUUAAUGGGAAAACCCCAGUCCAAGCCUACCAAAGUUUCUGCGAGAGCUUUAAGUCUGCAUUCUCUCAUUUCAUGGGCUCUGCAAUAACGGGAAUUUCAAUGGGAUUAGGACCAGAUGGUGAGCUGCGAUAUCCAUCUCACCACCAGCUACCCACCAACAGUGGAACUCAUGGGGCUGGAGAAUUUCAGUGCUAUGACAAAAACAUGCUUAGCAUUCUCAAGCAACAUGCUGAAGCAUCUGGAAAUCCUCUAUGGGGUCUUGGUGGUCCCCAUGAUGCCCCUGCCUACAACCAGUCACCAAACUCCAACUGCUUCUUCAGAGAUGGAGGAUCAUGGGAAUCUCCAUAUGGGAAUUUCUUCCUCACAUGGUAUGCUAAUCAGCUUUUAACCCAUGGAGAUCGCCUCCUUUCUGUAGCGGCUUCAACUUUCAGCGACACUGAAGUGUCUACAUAUGGUAAAGUCCCGCUAAUGCACUCUUGGUACAGAAUGCAAUCCCAUCCUUCUGAGCUGACCGCUGGAUUUUAUAACACUGUUAAAAGAGACGGUUACGAAGAAGUUGCAAAGAUUUUUGCAAAAAAUUCAUGUAAAAUGAUAUUACCUGGAAUGGAUCUUACAGAUGCAGUUCAGCCGCAAGAAAUUCUGUCAAGUCCUGAGUUGCUACUUUCACAGAUAAUGGCAGCUUGUAGGAAUAAUGGGGUUGAGGUUUCAGGAGAAAACUCUUCAGAUUCUGGUGCUUUUGGAGGAUUUGAACAGAUUAAGAAGAAUAUUGUAGCAGGAGAUAAUGUGCUGGACCUGUUCAUGUAUCAGAGAAUGGGAGCUUGUUUAUUUUCGCCAGAGCAUUUUCCUUCAUUCACAAAGUUUGUUCGGAGCCUUAAGCAGCAUGAAAUGCAUUCAGAUGAUGUAGCUGCUGAAUCUUUUGCGAAGAACUCAGCAAAUAGCAUGCAGAUAUAAUUCUUGUUUAUGAUGAUAAUUUUGUAUGUAAAUAUUUGUAAUGAAAAUAUAGAUGCAUCGGAUAUAAACACUUGAAUACCAGCUGGGUAUGCUUCAUCAUCCUCAAACGUGUAUGGUUCAAUUAUUGAAAUACUAGGAAGAGAAGAGCUAGAGUAUAAUGAUAAAGUAUAACAUGGAAGUUCAAAUUUUAAUAGA